AUGAAAAGCACAAUUUAUGACGGGGGUUACGCUGAGGCGGUAACGACGCUGUGUGUCCGCAGGUACGCCGUGGAGGAUGUGCCCUUCUCGGUGCCCGCGGCCUCUGAGACCACCGACCUCAGCCACCUCAUCAACAAGCUGCUGGCGGCCGGUAACGCGGAUCACAAAUAUGUGGAAUUUGACUUCCUCAUCAAUGGCCAGUUCUUGCGUAUGCCGCUGGUCACACACAUGGAAAUGGAAAAUAUCUCCACGGAAGAAGUGGUGGAAAUAGAGUAUGUGGAGAAAUAUAUGGCCCCUCAGCCAGAGGAAUGCAUCUUCCAUGAUGACUGGAUCAGUUCUGUUCAAGCCACUGAAGAAUGGAUAUUAACUGGCUGCUAUGAUCAGACUGCUCGAAUCUGGUCUUUGGAAGGAAAAUCCAUCAUGACGAUAGCUGGGCAUACGGAAGUAGUGAAGAAUGUGGCAUGGGUGAAACAAGAUAGUUUAUCAUGCCUGUUACUCAGUGCUUCAAUGGACCAAACUGUCCUGCUAUGGGAGUGGAAUGUGGAGAAAAACAAAGUGAAAGCCCUUCACUGCUGCAGGGGACACGCUGGGAGUGUAGACUCCAUAGCUGUUGAUUGUACGAGAACUAAAUUCUGCAGUGGAUCCUGGGAUAAGAUGUUAAAGAUCUGGUCUGCAGUACCAACAGAUGAAGAGGAUGAAAUGGAAGAAUCAGCUAACAGACCACGAAAGAAGCAGAAAACUGAACAGUUGGGACUAACAAGGACUCCUCUGGCAACCCUCUCUGGCCACACAGAAGCUGUCUCCUCUGUGCUGUGGUCAGAUGCUGAAGAAAUCUGCAGUGCGUCAUGGGACCACACCAUCAAACUCUGGGAUGCUGAGACUGGAGAUCUCAAAUCAACUUUGACAGGAAACAAAGUGUUUAAUUCUGUCUCUUACUCACCACUGUGUCGACGCCUCGCAUCUGGGAGCACUGACAGACAUAUUAGACUAUGGGAUCCUCGCAGCAAAGAUGGCUCCUUGGUUCUCCUGUCACUAACAUCUCACACAGGCUGGGUGACAUCUGUGAAGUGGUCACCUACCCAUGAGCAUCAGCUGAUCUCUGGUUCUCUGGAUAACAUUGUGAAGCUCUGGGACACAAGGAGUUGCAAAGCUCCUCUGUAUGACUUGGCUGCUCAUGAAGACAAGGUGUUGUGUGUGGACUGGACAGAAGCAGGGUUGCUGUUGAGCGGUGGUGCAGACAACAAACUCUAUUGCUACAGAUACCCAGCUACAGCCUCUGAUGUUGGAGCAUGAAGGUCAAGAGGCAGAAGACUCUUUUCCUGAAAGAUUUUUGCAGCAGUCACUCUGUUAGCAACCUACACAACCAAGAUCUGAAGGAGUUUUUUGUUGAUCAGACACCUGUUGUUCCUGUUUUUUGUAUUGAUAACCUACAUCCUUAUUUGUCACAGAAGAAUGACAACAGUUAUAAAUGUGAAUAGAGUGAAACAAAGCGAAGUGUCUUUCCUCCCUUUUUGAUGGCUUUGAAUUAACAUCUUUUAAAUGACUAUUUGUUCAGCCCUUUUACUAAGGAGUAAAUUGUUCCCAGUACUUACAGAAAAAAUUACUUGCUGGACUAAAUUAGUUUUUUUAGUUCACCUGCUUUCCCUUGGAGAAAAAAAAAAACAAACAAAAAACACCUUACCUACAGUUUAUUGGUUUAGUGCCUCACCAGAUAAAAAACAGACAUCAGUCAGACUUCUUGCAGUAGGACUGUUGGCAGUUCUUACAAUUAGGCCCUUAAUUGAUGAACCCAGGCUUCUUUCUAGGAUGAAGACUUAGUACAUUUGCAGUGCAAGUGGUAUGAUAUAAAGGAACUUGACAGAUUUACUGCCAGAUUAAAUAUUCCAAUGUUGUUGCUCAUAAAUUAGGGCUGUAAACUACUUUAUCAGAAUGUUCCUGCCUUGUGCCACAGUACUUGUUAUGCUGCAGUACAAUAAUGAGGUAUCUUACUCCUAAAAAGCAGCAGAUGUAUAGAAACAAGUGGAGGAUCACGCAGAGAAGGCAGAAGAAAAAUUAAUUUGUUCCUAGAAAGAACGGAUACAAAAACUUGCAAUAGUUUUUAUGGAUAGAGGGUAAGUACUCAUUUUCUCUGCUGGUGGUCUUGCUUUAAUUCAACAUUUAAAUGAAAAAGCUAUUGUUACAGUUUGUGAGAUGCCAUAUAUGUGAUGUUAAACCAGCACAUAGUUUAACAGUGUGGAAACCAAACUUGAAUAUCCUCACUAAUGUCUUAGCUUCCAAUAAAUGUAAGAGCUGUACAGCAUAAUCAAGUCAAAUGCUUUUAAAUUGCAAAAUUUAAAUUGCAAAAUUGUUAAUUUUUUUGUUGAAGAGUAAAAACUCUGACCUCUGGGUUUACUGUAUGGACGAGUCCCAUCUAAAGCAGUUGAGGAAAUGCCAGAACAGCAAAGCUGUGGAGAAAACUGCAAGGGUACGGGGGAGGGAUCUCGGAUCCCUUGGUUCUGCAAGUAACGUACUACAACUACUAGACUAACCUUUAUUUACAGAUGCUGCUUACAAGGAAUUGUCUUGCCCUCAUCUUGUUAUCCAUGUGCAUGUUCUUAGUAUGCUUCAUCCUUUCUAACACACUAUUCAUACUUUAAUAGAGUAAUUGCUUUUAUUUUUUUCUUAUUUUAUUCCUUUAAAAUAUUGAUUUCUAUUUACUCCACAAACUGGAAUUUGCAAAUAUGGUGUGAAUAAUUACUUUGUUUUGUAAACCUACCAAAAAUACAAAGCAUUUUUUGAGCACGAAUUUAGUAUGUGCUGGAACAUGCAGUAUUCCUGCUUCCCCACUAUUAUAGGUUUGUAUAAUUUCACAUGCACAUUUGUGGAUAUGCCAGUCUACUCUAGCAAUUGUUAGUCUAAUACUCGUGAAAGUUUUUUUUUUUUUAAAUCUAAUAGUUUUUUAGUAUGAGAGUAAUAUCCUCUUUAGGUAAUCCUUAAUCCAGUAUACCUGACUUUUGGAGGUCUUAACCAAGUGAAGUUUGGAGGUGUUUUUAGUGGAAGGCAAGACAGUAAAGGAAGUUUGGAAAAUAGUUUCCGUUAUUUCUCUUCAAGACUCCCAGUGACCGUUUAAUCUAAAGUCUUGAGCUAUUUUGUGUAUUAUAAGAAACAUCUGGUUUAUUACUCUUUGCAGUUUUCCUUUCAGGUAAACUACACUUGAGCAUAGUGUUUAGAAUUACUGUGGUAUUUUAGUCAGCUGUGGAGCAUCCCCAGCCAAUUAAGUUGUUGAUAAAAAUAAGUGGGUUCUCUUACAAGCAUGUGUCUGAAGACUUAUGAAUGCAAGAUAGGUAACCUUAAUACUGGCUUUUUGCCUUCCCAGAAGGAUUUUUAAAAUACUUUUUAAAAAGAUCAUGUCAGUUGGACUGUCAGUUUAAAAGGAUUAAUAAUAGUUUACACUUAAGAAAUCCAAGCUGGCAUUAAUCGUUUUAGUUUCAAACACUUGAAUCCAUUAGAUCUACUACACUUGUCACCUGUAAUAAAUACACAGAGUGUAACUAGAAAGGUACGUUUUGGUAGAUCAUAGUUCAGCAGGAGGGUUUUUGCAACCUCUUCUCACUUUGGGUUCUUUUAUUUGGAAAAGUACUGUGUCAGACACAGAAAGAAGCAACUAAGUAGACCUUAUUAAUGUUAUGAAGUGAUAUCAGCAUAAAUACAGUGUAUUUUUUGAAUGCAUUUGUAUUAUUACUGUCCUAGUUCAACACUUUUUAGAUUUGGCUGACUGACAGUUCUUUGGACAAUCUCUAAUCUUAAUGAAAACAUAUUAAUAAGAAUAUUUGCUUUCCUCCAAACACACAGUUAUUUUAAAACGAUGUGAAAUUAGAAUAUCCAGCAUGAGUUAAUUUUAAAAUUACAAAAGAACUGAGUCAAAACCAAAUUAAUCUUCCAGCAGCAAGCUCCUGACAGUGAUUCUACUGACAAAAAUACCUCCCCCCUCCAAACCUUUCUGCAUAUUCAUAGUGCCCUAGUAACAUAAUACAGAACAAUAAAUGACUUGUGUGCUAGCUGCUAGUUUUCCUUAAACAUCAAAGUGAUGCUCCAGGUGAGGGGAAUAAAGACAAUAAUCAACUGCUGAAAGAUUUACUCAUUUUUUGUGUCAAUGGGAAGGGAGGGUUGGUUUAUAUUUGAGAGCUUGUGCAGUAAGUUGUUCUAUGUCAUCUUUUCAUUCUGCACUGACACCUGGCAUAAACUUUACUAGUGCACAUACUCUGCCUCUACAGUUCAAACAACAUCAUGCAUUAGGACACGAUAAAAGCAUUUAUUUUAGACAAGGGUUCACCUGCUUGGUCCUUGGUUUAGUGUCACACUUGCAUUUUCUGUUAUGUGUUUGCUUUCUCUCAGCUGGUUCUUUCAGCUUUCUUCUUGCUUUGAGACCUUCAUCUUUGCUUCUGGAUGAUUCCAUCACUUCCCUACAGCCAGCCUUGGCAGAGCACUGUUUUUUCCUUUCUUGUUGGCAUUUUGUUUAGUUUUUUUAAACUGUAAUUUCUCAGCCUUCUCUCAAGUAGGUGAUUGAAUUAAAAACAAGGGUAGGGGGAAGGAAACUAUAACUGUUCAGUGAAAGUGACACACAACCUAAAUCAGCAUGUGUGAUAAUGCCACUCACUGUGGUACAAGCACCAGCCCCCCGGCAGGGAAGGGCACAUAAGCUCACCCACUGCAUGGCUUUGAGACCCCCAGACUCCCCUCCUGUACCUGCUCCCCAGUCAAAAGCCUUGCAGCUGGACCCCCUUCUUCAGGUGGGAGCUGCUGAGGAGUGCACCGUGCACUCUGGAGGCACAGGUGAGAGGACAGGACAGGCUGACAGAAGACUGGAGGUUUCUUAGGUUGCAUUUAUUUAUGACUGGGGAAAGGAUGCAGAUCUGCAGCCGGCACUGCUUUGCCUAUUCCUUUCAAUAUACACCCCAUAGCCUGGUGGUGAGGUUUUUCCUCAGUGUAAGUAAACUCAGAUGAAAUUCAAAUGAGUUUUGUACAGGCUGAUGAAUUUCCAGUAUAAACUCAACAUACUUCCCUAGAUUUCAGCACACAGGUUAGAAAAUAGAUCUAACUACAUAUGCUUGAAGUGAAUUCUACAAUUUAAACAAAAAUAUUUCACAGAUCUUGGAAGGAAAAUCUUGUCUAGAAAAAGGAAUACACUUAAUGAAAACUCAUAUGAAGUUUUCUACUGCAUUUUCUGUGACAUUUCAGCAACAGAAAGCUCUAGAUGGGCAUAUGCAGAGAUUCCCUGAAGGAAAAAACACACACACUCUUGUUUUAAGUCUUGUUUAAUUAUCAACUUGUUACUUGGAUAUAAGUUUAAGAAUUUUGGAAUUUUUAAUGUUUUUCUCAUCAGUGAAUUUUAAUGCAGGCUACAAAGACAUUUCCAAGUUUGUGUGAUUCUAAACAUAUUUCUUAAAAAAAAAAAAAAAAGGUGGAUCAGAUUUGGGCAGAUCUGUUCCAUGCCUUACUGAAAUUUCAGCAUGUGCUCUUUUCCUCUGUUGUGGGAAAGGAGAAAGGUUUUGUCAGAUGAAAUACUUAAUGUGAACUAGGUCAACACACUUGACUUGGAUUUCUAGUCUCUGUCAGAAUGGGGCUGCCAAGCUAGCCCUCACAUGCCCCAGUCCCAGGGUAAAUACAGUUUAUGGAUUAGCACCUGGCUUCAUUUAAUGCUAUUACUUGUUUUAAGUGCAUCUUUUUGUUUUCUUGUUUGUU